AUGAUCCUGCUUCUCGGUCUGAUGGUUUUUCUUUGGGUGGAAACGGCUCAAUGUCUGGAGGAAGAUGAAGGUUUCACUUUUGAAGGAGAAAUCCGCCACUUGGCUGUGGCCACUAACACGGUUUACAUCUCUACAGACGAGAAGCUGUACCAGCUGAGCCACGACCUGAGGCUGGUCCGCAGUCUGAUCCAGAGAGGGACCCUGAAGGAUGGAGAGGAGCAGGGCGAAAAGGAGUUUCACCGGGUUUCUGACACGAAUGCGUUGAAUGCAAACCUGAGCAUUAACCUCUUAUUACCAUUUGUUAAGAAUGACACGCUGGUCACCUGCGGUGCCCCCAACAACAGUUGCGGUUACUGUGAGGUUCUGGACCUGAAGAACAUUUCUAACCUUGUUUACAGUGAAAACAUCCAGAUGGGACCCCUGAAACGCAGCAACGCGUCCAUCAGCUUUCUGGUGGAUGUGAAGAAGAACUCAGGUCUUACAGAAACGUAUAUUCUGACGGCCAUCGAGAAACGUGAAGAUGAGUCUAAGGAGAUCAAGUGCACCUCCAACAUCGAGACCAUCAACCUUCACAACGUGAAUGACAGACAGGAUGGAGGCAUAUUUUCUUUACUGGGUGGCUCUGAAAAUGCUGUGAUCAGAAGUGAAGGAAUUGUGGAGUUUGUGGACGGAUUUCAGAUCAACUCAACAGUGUAUCUGCUCUCCAACGUGCGUUCAAGUGAUCAGAACAACAAGGUCCAUCUCAGUUGGUUUGUGAGUCAAACAAGUAAAGGGGACACUCUGAGGUCUCUGCGGGGGGUUUAUCUCAAUGUCUCUGAUGGAGGUGAAGGCAGCAGACUGCUGGCCUCCUCGGUCAUCUCUGAUGGACAGCCAGUGCUUUGGAGCGGUGUGUUCAGUGUGGACGGAGGACAAGCCAACACGGAGCUGGUGGUGUUUGACAUCAGUCCUGAUCUAAGCAUCGCGAACAAUACAAAUCCACACUUCAUCUACAACACUACGGACCACAAAGUGUCACAACUUAAGACCCUGAGACCGAAGACGGUGCUUUUCCAGCAGACCUUCAUGACCUCUGUGGCGACAGUGAGGCAGAAGGCCUGGAUGGUUUUCUUCAUUGGAACAGGAGAUGGACAGCUCAUCAAGCUUGUUGUGGACAAGAUCUAUAACCACGCCUGUCCUGAGGUGCUGUACAGGGCCAGUGAUGACCGCAAAGUGUUUCCCAAAAUACAUCUGGACCCAGUGGAUCAUAAACACGUGUAUUUGCCAUUUAGAAACCAGAUGAAGCGUGUAUCUGUGUCCAAGUGCAGCACGUACACAACUUUCCAGAAGUGUUGGUCUGCAAUGGAUCCAUACUGUGUCUGGUGUGACUCUAAACGAAGCUGCAUGUUUGAAGAUGAAUGUCCAGAUUCAAACUGGUUGUCCAUCCCAGAGGAAAUUCAACAGAAGAUUGUUUCCCACAAACUCAUAAAGGACCCAACUGGACAGAUCAACUUAAUCAUCCAGAUACAUGUGACUGUGGCAACAACAGGGCCGUCUUACUUUGCCUGUCAGUUCUCUACAACUUCUAAGGAGCCUUGUAGGAAAAAUAACCCUCCACCAGCAUUUCCACGAUGCACCUGCAUUCUCUCCAAUGACACACUUCCUGCUGACGGUCUGGAUCUCACAGUUAAAAUUAGACUAAGGACAAUACGUCUGUCAGAACAAUUGGAACUAAUCAACUGCUCCGAUAUCAAAGGACAAGCAAGUUCUCUUUUGUGUCAACGGUGCAUCAGCGCUGGAUGUGGAUGGAGACAUAAUCACUGUUCCUGGGCCGAUCAUAAAAUGCAAAAUGACACCAUUUGCCAAAAUAUGCUUUCAGUGAGUCUGCCGGAGAUCUCCUCCAUCACUCCCAGUGUUGUGUCUUUCUACGGCAGAGACCAUGCUUUGUUGUCAGGUCGUAACCUUCAUAAUGUGAGCAGUGUGAGGAUCCAACAAGACCUGAGUUGUGCUCCAAAGCAAUCUCCUGUAUGGAACAACACCGGCACCAGUCUGAUGUUUAACAUUCCCAGUACGAAAAUGAAAGGCGUGGUCAAAGUGUGCGUUCUCCUCCCAGACGGGAGCUGCCAUUCUAGGAAGAUGACACUGAUGGGGUCUCACCUGGACUCUGUUGAAGGGGUCACGUACAGCCACGCCCCUCAACAAGUCAGACCUCCCAUCAACAGCAGCUCUCAGACUCUCACCUAUGAAAGUCCUGCAGCUGGAACCGAGGUUUCUGACAUCUCCGUGUUUUUGAGAGUCGCCAAUCAAACCUUGGUCUGCUCCACAAACCUGACCUACUUUCCAGACCCGGAGUUUACCACCUUCACGUCCGUGAGGAUAGGAGAAGUUGUCCACAUCACCACACAGAAACGAGCAGAUAAGCUGGAGGUGACGGCAGCAGAGUUGUCAGUGUGGGGCGUUCAGGAUGAGAAGCAAUAUCCCUGCAUCAUUAAGGACACAGAAUCCACAUACACACCUAACUUUUUCAUCUGUGAGAUUCAAAACACAACUGUUGACCAGUUUCAACACUUGAUGCACCAACCAAGUCUCUCGUUGUCGGAGGAUGAGUCCUCGGAGGAGGAAGAGACCCCCUCCACCUCCGAGACGACUGGCAUGGAAGGGCCCAAUGGCCCAGGACGAGUAGCCCUAGCAGAGGAGGUCGACCGGGAGGCUUUCCCAGUCAACGAGGUAUUGGAGCCCCCGGCCACAACAGCGGGAGCGCAGCAGGCGAUGAACAGUCGACUGUCUCACAUAGCCACCUUAACUCCCCAGGCCAGCAGUCUGUCCUUGGAUCCUACUCCUGCAUAUGGCACACUCCUUCUGCACACAAACAUGAUGCAGUCACUCUCAAAAAGACUGGAGGGCAUGCUUGACAAGAAAGAACACAUACUAGCAGCUAUACUACUUCCAGUGUUCAAGAUGGACUGGGUGGAGGACGAGAUUAAGCGCUUGCAAUACCGAGCGAUGCUGAAACAAGAGUUGCAAUCUGUUGAUGUGCCUAACGACUCUGAUCAAGCCCAGACCUCUAAUGAUCUUCAGAGGAAAAGCAGUGCUUCAUCCUUUUCCAAGUUCAACCGCAUCCCAUCAAGCAUCAACAAAUCUGAGGUGGACAUCUACCUGGAUUCACAGACCUCUGAUGAUUUUACUGAGUACAUGCUCCUGCCCAAACUGAAACAGCUGUUCAUCAAAUACAACACAGCACUCCCUUCAAGCGCUCCAGAUGGGGAAAGGGCUGAUGAACCUGGGAGCCAACUUCCUCUCCCGGGUGGAGAGCCAGACCUUCUGGCCAACCUGGUAGGUCGGCGCUUGAGUGAGACGCCGGUUGGCCGACAAGGAGUAGCGGUCCGAGGCUCGGAGAAGGGCUGUUCGAGCUUGGGUCCAGGUGCGGCGAAAGCGACGGAUGAAGGCCUGGACAGAGGGGCAGGUGAUCUCUCCCUCAAGUGCAGGGAAGAGUGGGGGAGUUGCUGGGACCAAGAUGAGUGGUUCUGUGACACCAUACAGCGUAGUGCCGUCUCCAUUUCCUGGUUCAUGCGCUCCAUUGGACUGGGGGUGAAACCCAGAGGACAGGCUAACGGAGGCCACAAGCUGAACGCAGAACUCCCGCCAGAAGAUAGAGGUGAACUGCGGACCCUGGUCGGAGACCACAUCUACGGGAAGACCAUGGAGACGGAAGAUGUGGAGCAGGACCAGCGGAGAAGUCUCCUUGGCAGAGGGGAGUUUGGGAAGAGAUAA